GAGAGAUGGACCGCUACAUGGGGGGAGAAAGAUCCACCUUGCAUUUCUCUUUUAAGUACUGGCGCAUCAGUGAUGCAUAAACUCCGGCCACAGCCGGCUUGGGAUAGAACAUGCACGGCAGCUGCUGCUGCUGGUCUUCUCUCAGAAUUUCACCAUCGAUCAUCCGGUGCUGCACUCACAUGGGCUUGAUAAACAUGCGGAAAAUGUGGAGAAUGCAUUGGACGUCUUACUCAAAUCCCUCACCGCUCGACGCUUGCGGAUGGGCCGGUCCAUCAAUCGGAAGGAAAGACGUAACAAGUGCAUCUAAAAGAACAGAACUUUUUUUUUAAUCUUGUCCUUGUGCUUAGAAGAUGAACUAUAGCUGGUAAUUGUUGCUUGUAAGUCUACUGGGCUGACGAAAUUAAAGCAACAGGCUUAACAUUUUUUAACGUGGUAUCAUUAUUAUUUCCAAACAGAUUUGAGGGAAAACUCUGUAUGUUCUUUUUUAAAAACAAAGUAGAGUCAUUGUGGUUAAAACUAUAGUUAUGUAAACCUGGGGAGCUACUGUUUUGAAUUUCUGAACUAUGUUAUCACAUUGCGAACUAUGUUAUGACAUUGCGAUCUUAACUCAUGCAUUCUGGCAGUUCCUUUUUAGAUAUGAUUCUCGCAGCUACUUGCUAGACUAUUAUGAGAACAUAUGACGAGGAACUAUUGAAUGGACUAGUAGAUAAGAAGCUUGUGUCAAGGACCCUACCUGUUGUAGAAGCACUCGGUUGUUGAAGAGAAGCUAUGUAAUUUGUCUUCAACGAUAUUUUAGAUGAAAUUUUUAGUAGAACUUUCUACUUGAAGAACUUGAUGUCAAUAAAUAUAGGGGCGCCAGGGUCAAUUUGUGUAUUUCGUUAGAAGCAAUGAAUUUGAUAUAUCAAAUGACGUGGAAAUUUGGAUAUUCGGCUAGUACAGCUAUACUAAGUAUUUCUAGAAAUGGAUUUAAUCAUGCAUCUCAGUCAUGGCACUAUAAUAGUCUCACCAAGAACCUAGUCCCUUUCUUUUGAUUGGUUUCUUUCCAGCUCAUCUUUUCUGAUACCAACCCAUUACAAUUGAUGGUUCACCUCAGCCAACUAACUCUGCAAGCCCCUUUCCUUCUCUCCCAAACCGCAUGGAAAGUUUAUUAAAUUGAUUGUUUAAUUACAUUUUUCUGAAGCUAAUUUUCUAAAGAAUGUCAUCAAUGUGACAUUAUCACAUAGCUGCCUAAAUCUUCUCACCUACGAUAACUACACUUGGAAGCGCUUUUGCACCUUCCAAGAAUGCCGAGUAUAGGUUGCCAAUUGGACCCCACCACUCCAUAAUGUUCCAUCCUAACCUCUCCUCUCCCUCUCCUUUGGUUAAACACCCGUAUCUACCCUCCUCAAAUCCUCUUUUUAGUUGCCCCUUCAAUUUCCUCUCUUAAAUUAACUUCUCAGUUCACCAUCACCAUCACUCCAACCAUGGCCAAAGCUUCAAGGGCCUGCGCUCUCUUGCUCAGGUUCCUGGCUAUGGCAGCAACCAUCUCCGCUGCCGCCAUCAUGGCCACUAGCCAUGAGACUACCAACAUCUUCAGCAUCACCAUCAAGGCUGAGUUUUAUCAAAUCCCUUCUUUCACGUUUUUCGUUAUAGCCAACUCCAUCUCCGCUGCCUACAGCCUUAUUGCUCUCUUUUUACCGCCGGCAGGUCUAAUCUCAAGAUGGUUUGCUGUGUUUGAUGUGAUUAUUGCAAUGCUGCUGACUGGUGCAAUGGCGUCGGCUGGAUCGAUAUCACAGGUGGGGAAGAAGGGAAACGUGCAUGCAGGAUGGCUUCCCAUCUGCGAUGAGGUCUCCAAGUAUUGCAAUCAGAUCAUGGCAGCCCUCAUAAGUGGCUUCAUUGGACUUUUUCUCUACACCAUAAUUGUUCUGCAUACCAUAACCACUGAGCUCAAUCCUCUGCUUCCCUAAACAAAUGGUGGUCAAGUGGACUUUACUAUUGUAUGCAUGUUUCUGUCAUUAAACAUGAUUAUCAAAAGACAGUAUUCUAAUUGCUUAAUUAGUUAUGGAUGCAACUUAAUAUUCAAUGAUGAUUACGCUUGCAUGUUUGGCAAUUUGGCAUGCUGUACUCCCGAGGUUUUUUUCUUCUAAGGAUGUUAUCUUAUUGCAAUGUAAAGUUAUAGUGUUAUUUAUUAUUAUUAUUUUU